UGCCCGGGAAGCUGUGUUGGCAGUGGGCGAGCAGAGGUUGGGGCGCUCCUGGGGUCCCGAGGGCCGGGCGGAUGGCUCAGGAUUGGGCGGGCUUCUCGGAGGAAGAGCUGAGGAGGCUAAAGCAGAAUAAAGAUCUGUUUGAGCCUCAGCGCCGUCUCCCUGUGAAAAAAACUAGACAGCAGCUUCAGCGAGAAAAAGCCCUUCUAGAGCAAAGCCAAAAACUUGGUCUUCAAGAUGGAUCAGCCUCAUUACCUCCAGAGCAGUUGCUCUCUACACCCAAACAGAGAGUUAACCAUCAAAAACCACGUCCUUCUCCUGCUGUCCCUAGUCCUCUCUCACUCUCUCCUUCUUCCACUGGCAAUGGGAAGCCACAGAGUGUUGAAGGUCAGCCACAAGAACCCGGACUCCAGAAUUCCCACGAUGGUCACAGAAAUGCCGAGGUUCUAACUCCAAAGCCAGACUGCAAAGUGGAGAAAAAGAAAAUGGAAUUGCAAGAAAAAUCUCGUUGGGAAGUCCUCCAACAAGAACAGCGACUAAUGGAAGAGAAAAAUAAACGUAAGAAAGCCCUUUUGGCUCAAGCCAUCGCCGAAAGAUCUAAAAGGACCCAAGCAGAGACGAUGAAACUGAAGAGGAUCCAGAAGGAGUUACAGGCCUUAGAUGACAUGGUGUCGGCUGACAUUGGAAUCCUCAGGAACAGAAUUGACCAGGCCAGCCUAGAGUAUUCCUAUGCACGGAAGCGGUUUGAUAGGGCUGAAGCUGAAUACAUUACAGCAAAGCUGGAUUUACAGCGCAAAACCGAGACAAAAGAACAGCUCACUGAACACCUCUGCACCAUCAUCCAGCAGAACGAGCUCCGGAAGGCCAAGAAGCUGGAGGAGCUGAUGCAGCAGCUGGACGUGCAGGCUGAUGAGGAGGCUUUGGAACUAGAGGUGGAGGUUGAACAGUUGCUCCGAGAACAGGAAGCAGAGGCAGGCAAACAAAUGGCUCCUAUAGAGAGGCUGUGUCAGCCUGCUGGGGAGGCUGUGUCUUCAGAGAACAAAGAGCCUCAAGAGCAAGCUACUUCUGCCGAGGCAGACAAGCCAGGCAAACUUUCCAGUAGUCCUCCCCUUAGACUAGACUGUCCAGGUCAAGGAACUAAGGACUUUUCAGCUGUUGUGGCCACUUGAGGGGCUGGUGUCUAUUCCAUUAACAUAUCUUAGUGGUAAAUUACAGCCCAUCUCUGAUAAAAAGUUCUUUAAACCUGUUUGUGUUUGAGUCCAUGCCUAGUGUUGGUUAGAUAUCAUGUCUGGUCAUUCCAAAGUCACAGAUUGUGACAGUUUCCUAUCUAGGGGUUUUGACGCCUCAGUGUUCCUUCAAUCCUUAUUACUGAGUCAAAGUGAGUGACUCAAAGGUUGGGUGAGCCUGGAGCCCUGGUUUUGAUUCUCAACACUACAAAAAGAGCAGAAUGGUAAAAGAAAAACUAUAUGGCUAGUGUUCAGAAAAGCAGAGCGAGAGGGUUCUCAAUACUUGACCAAGCUUAACCUGUGAGAAAAUAUUGAGACUGCAUGAUCUCUUUAUGCAGUCAUUAAAAAGACAAAAAUACCAUAGACCGAGAGUGGAGAAGAGAAAGACAGAUUAAGUUUCUUCCCUGGAUACUGCUAUAGUGACGAAACACAACUUGGCAAUCAGAGCUUAGGUUAGGAACUAGACAACUUAAGCCAACACUAUUUUACCAGUAAAUGGUUUCUUGUUUACACCUGAAUUUUGGUUACUUAAUAUACAUCUAUAAACAAAUUAUGUAUGUGUAAUUUUGCUUUUGACGUAUUCUGUUUUCCUCAUCCAACCAAUGAAUUGAUGGGUAAAAUUUAGACAAUGAAAAGUUUCUAAAGUGAAUCUGAACAUGGAGAAUCUUGAAAAUUGCCUCUCCAUCAUCCACCAGUGAUGUAUUCCUCUCGAAAAGUGUAACAUGGGCAUUUUCUAUGUUGAGUAUUAUACUGUCAUAAAGCAUUUCAAUUGUUAAAGUACUCACUCUCUUAGUACUUUCAUAGUUUGUUGAUUGCCUGUUCCCUAAUACUUGACCACUGCAUUGUGAUAUAUGUGAAUGUAUAUAUAAGUAUUUCAGAUUUCCCACAGAAUAUACCAUUAUUAUCAUAAAUUAUGAUCUAUUUAUCAGAAAUUGCACACAAUAAAAAUGUUUUCAAUUAUAAAAAGGAACAUAAAGACAGUUAUAUCCAUAAUACGUUAUAGAAAAGCUGGGGACAUCCUGUUUUUAAAUUGUUUUUUAAGGUGUUAUCUUCUGAUAAUACAGAUGCUUUGUAUUUUUCUAUGACCUAAGUUGCAAGAUGAUUUUCCAUUACUGACUUCUAAACACAAACAUUUAUUUAGAUAGUGUUAUUUUUAUUUAUGAAUGACAUACAUGCAAAUUUAAGACUUCAUUGCCUGAUACAGUCUUAUUUUU